AUGGUGCUGAUGGUGAUGGUGAUGAUGGCUAUUCUGUUUAAUAAGCGCCUAGCUAAUUACCUACUCACCACAAUGACUAUCCUCAUUGUAAAUACGCUACACGUUUUAGUCUUCACCACAGCUCUGCCAGGCCCCCGUCGUCUCUCGCUAGGUUACUGCAGCGGCCUCCCUGCAGGCCUCCCUGCUUCUGCUCUUGUCCUGGACCUCACCGUGGCAGGUAAGCAGCCCCCAGGCGGCCUCCUCGCUCUGGCCCUGACCUGUGUCUUGGUGCUGGCCGGCAGGCCCUCACUUGCCUCAUCAGUCCUCUGUGCUCUGAGCCUCGGCCCCAUCCAGGAGGGGGCAGUCUUCUGUCCCCAGCUCUCACCCCGAGACAUCUCCAGAUUGAACAUCCAGCAGCUGCAGCUCGUGCGGGGCCCCUACUGGAUCCUGCUGACAGCCCAGGAGCUCACCUUCAUCCACCGGCCCCGAGCAGAUGGGCUGCGCGUGGACAGUGCAAGUGAAUCAAGAAGUGUCGCAGAUGGCGGGAGCCUGAGGUCAGCGGCCCAGGGGUCAGCAAGGAGCCUGCCAGCCCCUCAGGAGCCCACCAGUGUGGCUCUGUACCAGGGAGAGUGGGUGUGGCUGAAGACGUCUGAAGCUGGGGUGUCUAAGGAUUUGAGGCCAUUCUUACGGCAGAUGCGGGAGCUGCGGCAUGAGAACAUUGCCACCUUCCUGGGCUUCUUUGUGGCCCCUGGGGUCAGUGCUCUUUUGUUGGAGCACUGUGCCCGGGGCAGCCUGGAGGACCUGCUGCGGAAUGAGGCUCUGCGGCUGGACUGGACUUUCAAGGCCUCCCUGGUGCUGGAUAUGAUCCGUGGUGUGUGGUAUCUGCACCAUCGGCAUUUCCCUCAUGGCUGCCUCAAGUCCCGAAACUGUGUGGUGGCUGGAUGCUUUGUGCUGAAGGUCACUGACCACGGUUAUGCAGAGCUCCUGGACGCUCAGUGGGCUCCCCGCCCCCGGCCAGCCCCGGAAGAGCUGCUGUGGACAGCUCCGGAGCUGCUGCGGGGGCCCGGGGAACCCGGGUGGGGCCCCCUCAAAGGAGACACCUUCAGCGUCGGCAUCAUCCCGCAGGAGGUGCUGACUUGGGGCCCGCACUAUGGUUCCCCAGGGCUCUCAGCGGAAGAAAUCAUCAGGAAGGUGGUGUCUCCCCCUCGCCUGUGCCGGCCACUGGUGUCUCCUGACCAUGGGCCACCUGAGUGCAUCCAGCUGAUGGAGCAGUGCUGGGAGGAGGCUCCGGAGGACAGACCCAACCUGGACCAGAUCUAUACCCAGUUCAAAAGCAUCAACCAAGGCAAGAAGACCAGUAUUGCUGACUCUAUGCUGCAGAUGCUGGAGAAGUAUUCCCAGAACCUGGAGGACCUGAUCCAGGAAUGGACUGAGGAGCUGGGGUUGGAGAGACAGAAGAUGGAAAGGUUGCUCUCUCAGAUGCUCCUGCCGUCUGUGGCUGAAGCUCUGAAAAUGGGGGCGACUGUGGAGCCAGAGUACUUUGACCAGGUUACCAUAUACUUCAGUGACACUGUAGGCUUUACCACCAUCUCAGCCCUGAGUGAGCCCAUUGAGGUGGUGGGCUUGCUCAAUGACCUCUACACACUGUUUGAUGCUGUUCUGGGCAACCAUGACAUGUAUACGGUGGAGACCAUCGGGGAUGCCUAAAUGGUGGCAACAGGGCUGCCCCAGCGCAACAGGAGCCAGCAUGCAGCUGAGAUCACCAACAUGGCCUUGGACAUCCUCAGCUCUGUGGGCGACUUCCGGAUGAGGCAUGUGCCCACUGUGCCCAUUCGCAUCAGGGCUGGACUGCAUUCAGAGCCCUGCAUGGCGGGGGUUGUGGGUCUCACCAUGUCUCAGUACUGCCUCUCUGGGGACACAGUUAACACCGCAUCCCGGAUGGAGUCUACAGGGAUACCAUACAGAAUUCAUGUCUGCAUAAGCACCGCCCAGACACUGCUCAGCCUGGAUGAAGGCUACAAAAUUGAUAUCAGAGGCCAGACGGAGCUAAAGGGGAGGGGCUUCAAGGAGACCUACUGGCUGGUGGGGAAGGCGGGCUUCCCCAGACGCCUCCCCACACCUCUGGACAUCAAACCCCGGCCGUCGGGCCUCCACCCCACUUCUGCCUCCGUGGGCAGCCAGCCUUCUCAGAAGGCCCGUCUGCCGACGCUGACUGCACUUCCUCAUCUUCCUCUCCUGCCGGCCCUCGCAGCCUGA